AUGCAAAAGAACUCUCAGAUCUCUGGGCUUUUAGCCCUCGCCUUGGCCUGCGUUUGCUCAGCCCAAACAGCAUGCACUGCUUCAGUGUAUUCCCAAAUCGCGCAUUGCGUUGCAUCAUCCACGGCAAUCACUUUGAGCAAUAUAUAUGCACCGCCAAGCAGCAGUAUUGACUUGACUAAAGUCAAGGCCGGUACUACAAUCACCUUUGUUGGCAAAACAACAUUUGGAUUCACCAAUGACAGUAGCUUCGAUCCCAUCAAAUUAGGUGGUUCUGGAAUCACCAUUACUGCAAAGUCCGGUGCGGUUAUCGAUGGCAAUGGUCAAGCUUAUUGGGAUGGACUUGGCUCAAAUGGAGGGGUGCCAAAGCCAAAUCACUUCAUUGCCGUCUCGAAAUUGAUUGGUGGUUCCGUCAUUGAGAAUCUUUAUAUCCAGAAUUGGCCCGUUCAUCUUUUCAGUAUCAGCGGUGCUGCUGGGUUGACCAUACAAAACCUGGUUCUCAAUAACACAGCAGGAGACGCGCCCAAUGCUGCCAGUGGCAAAUUGGCUGCAGCCCACAAUUCAGAUGGAUUUGAUCUCAGCUCAUCAACCGAUACGAUCAUCAAGAAUACAUCCGUUUACAACCAGGACGACUGUGUAGCCGUGACGAGCGGUAACAACAUCACCAUUGACGGAGUGUAUUGUUAUGGAGGUCAUGGUUUAAGUAUUGGAUCCGUAGGUGGAAAGAGUAAUAACAAUGUGACUAACAUCACGUUCAAAAACAGUCAACUUGUAAAUUCUAGCAAUGGGGCCCGCAUCAAGUCCAAUUACAACACCACCGGUUUCAUCUCCAAUAUUACAUAUAGUAACAUCAAACUUACCAACAUCGAUACCUACGGAAUCGAUGUACAACAAGAUUACCUCAAUGGAGGCCCAACUGGAAAUCCAUCUAACGGUGUCAUCAUUCAGAAUAUCUUAUUCCAAAAUGUGGUGGGAACAGCCGCGGCGAGCGCCAAAAAUUACUAUGUACUAUGUGGUAGCGGAAGUUGUAGUAAUAUCAGUUUCUCGGGGGUAAAAAUCACAGGGGGCGCAUUAACAAGUUCUUGUAACUAUCCAUCAACUGGGUGUCCUGCGCUCAUGUCAUCAUAUGAAACAAAGGAUUAUAAUCGUCAAUGGGUGUCGGUCGAUCCUCCGAGUUCGAUAUCCACUCAAAAAGAUCAGAAGAUACCUGCCGUCUCCACUCAAUUCAGUCUCCGAUCAUGA